AUGACCAUUGCCAUUACACCUUUCGAAGGCCUCUGCGGCUUUCGCCCCUUGGCCGAAAUCACCCACUUCCUCCAGGCCGUUGAACCUCUCCGCAAGCUUAUUGGGUCUCAGGCUGCAAGCGCUUUUGAACAAAUUGUCAAUGGGAAUGAGGACUCGGAGGACGAGGCUGUCAUUCAGCGAAACAAGGAUGCCCUGCGCUCUGUUUUUACAUCUCUGAUGGAGACUUCCCACGAAAGCGUUCAAACCGCAUCCAAUGAGCUGGUGGCGCUUGCGGAGAAUUCGCCUGCCAGCUUCGGUACUCUGCCUGGAGAUGUUGCAACUAACCCCGCGGACCCCGUGGAGUUGGCUGCCAUCAUCCGUCGGCUGAACGACCAGUUCCCCCACGAUAUUGGCCUUUUUGUCUUCUUCUUCCUGAACUUCAUCAAGCUGUCUCCUGGCGAGGCCAUGUUUCUGAAGGCGGAUGAUAUUCACGCCUACGUCUCCGGCGACAUUAUUGAGUGCAUGGCGUCAUCUGAUAAUGUCGUGCGUGCUGGGUUCACUCCGAAGUUCAAGGACGUGGAUACUCUGACCCAGAUGUUGACCUACUCCUACGCCCCCAUUGAGGAGCAGAAGCUACAGCCCGUGGACUACCCCUAUGUCAUCCAUAAUGCGACAGCUUACUCCAGUGCCUCCUCUUCACUCCUAUAUGACCCUCCCAUUGAGGAGUUCAGUGUGGUCAAGACCGAUCUGAACCGGACAGGUGCUAAGGCAACCUUCGAUCCGCUUUCGGGCCCCAGUAUCCUAAUUUGUACCCGAGGCCAGGGCCGUAUCACUGUCGGUCACAAAACCGAGGAAGUCAAGGAAGGUUAUGUCUUCUUUGUUGGCGCUACUGCCGAGUGUGUCAUCGAGAACACUGGAAGUGGAGAGGGUGAUGAGGAUGUGUUCACCACAUUCAAGGCUUUUUGUGAGCUGACUGGUAAGGAGGACAUGGUUAAUGGACAUUAG